GCUCGAUAGGUGACAACAAUGGGCUGGAAACUUUCCAUGGGAGAUCAGUACUUCUUGAGCAGCUGAGUAGAUAACAAUUUUGAAAAACAUUUGGUAAAAUUAUCUUCUAGGUCAUCUUCUAUAGAUAUCAAAGGACGAUGCUGCACUCAAAUCUCUUAAGGAUCGUGGCCCGCGGGGGUCCCAAAAGACUGAUGUCCUCGGCCACCAAGUUGACCACAGUGGAGGUCAGCGACAAGACCGGCAUCGCCACUCUCACAAUGAACCGGCCCCCGGUGAACAGCCAAAACGUCCAAUUGUUGGUGGACAUCCAGAAGUCCAUUGGCGAAAUCGAGAGCAACAAAAGUCGGGGCCUUAUUUUAACCUCUGCUAGUUCCAAUGUGUUUUCAGCUGGUCUGGACAUCCUUGAAAUGUAUAACACGGAUAAGGAGCGACUACGUAUCAUCUGGACUGAACUGCAGAACACGUGGAUUGCCCUCUAUGGAACCAGUUUGCCCACAGCAGCGGCCAUCAAUGGUCAUGCCCCCGCAGGAGGAUGCCUCCUGGCCACCGCCUGCGAGUACCGGGUGAUGGUGCCCAACUGCAGGAUCGGCCUGAACGAAACCCUUCUGGGGAUCAUAGCCCCCAAGUGGCUGAUGUCCGGAUUUCUGAACGUACUGCCGCAGAGAGUGGCGGAGCGUGCCCUCACCCAAGGACGCCUGUUUACCACUCAGGAGGCUUUCGAUGAGGGCCUGGUGGAUGAGAUCGCCAACUCCAAGGAAGAGGCCGUAGAGAAAUGCGCCGCCUUCAUCGGCAGCUUUGCCAAGGUCAAUCCUCUGGCCCGUGGACUGACCAAGCUGCAGUUCCGAGCGGAUAAUAUUAAGGAGUUUGAAAAGGUGCGCGAAAAGGAUGUGGAGGACUUCAUAGCGCUGGCUUCUAGGCCUGAGGUACAGAAGGGUAUGGGCAUUUACCUCGAAAAUCUCAAGAAGAAGGGAAAGAAGUAAAAAAGCUGACCUGAUGAUCAUGAUCACUUUUCACCUGACCAGAAUCCUGCAUUUAAAAACAUUACUUGGUAAAAUGAAAAACUAUUUGUAGCUCUCUCUAUUAUAUCCAAUUUUGUCAAACAAAAGUAAAAUGUAUCUUGAUAAUUAAAGUUAAAUAUUUGAACUGUGCACUUGAA